CCGGAAGUCCCUACGCAACUCUGUUGAAGUGCAUGGGCCACGCCGUUCACGUGCUUAGAGUUCCCUCUGCCGAGAUCGUAUACUGGAAUCACUCAGCAGAAACUCUGUAUGGAUGGAAGGACCGUGUGGAACUUGGCGUUCGUGGUUGCGGCAGGGACCGUGCUGGUUUUGAGCGCGAGCGAGGUGCCUGGCAUGCCUAGGUUGUGGAUUGUAGGGUACGCUAUGCAAUGCGUCCUUCACAUGGUUUUCGUUUGCGUCGAAUAUAGGAGGCAGAGGAGGCAGCAACCCGCUGUCGCCUCGUCAGUGCAAGACAGGAUUGGGAGCAGCAGUGGGAAUUUGAGUGUGUCUUCGAGAGAGGGUUCUGCUUCUGCCUCUGCCUCUGCGCAGUAUGUGUCGUUGGGCCAACUCGAUGACGAGAGUACUAGGAAAUGCUUAAUGAGGCCUACCGCCUACACUUUAUUUUCAGAGGCACUCUCAGUUCUACAACAGGUUACUGGUCCAAUGCAUCGGGAGGUUGCCAAUUGCUGCCGCACUUGGCAUGGAAUAAAGAUACUCAAAGGUGGAAGGUGUCUUCAAUGUUGCCAAGUGAUUUAUGCAACCAGUACAAAAUUGGACCCAAAAUUACUGGAAUGAAGGGUGCAUGAACAACCAAACUUGGAGCUGCAGGAAAAAAACAAGGAUGGUUCUAAAAAAUUCAGUAACGUGAAGCCACCAAAAACUACAAGGUCUUGGAUUAAUACAAGUGUGACACUUGCAAAAUGCAAGAAAAAAUGUACGGAGAUUGUUCCUGUACGACUUAUGCAAAUUCAGACAUCAGGGGAGAAGGUAGUGAUUGCACCAUUUGGUACGGUGAUCUGUUAGAUAUAAGACUGAUUCCAGAAGCUGGACAAGAUCGGUAUAUUAGAUUGGCAGUGUCUGAAACAGCUCAACAAAAUCAAGAUGAAAAGGAUAUAUUCAAAGAUACAGGUGGUUGUGAUUGGUAGCAUUGUUUCCUCUGUUAUUGUGCUAUUAAUUUUCAUAUUCAUUUACUGGAGCAACACAAAUAAAAUCAAAGAGAUCAUCAUCAGGGUUAAAGGAAAGAACAAUGAAAGCCAACAAGAAGACUUUGAGCUACCUUUGUUUGACUUUGCCUAAAUAGUACAUGUCACAAAUAGCUUCUCAGAUCACUAUAAGCUUGGCAAAGGUAGUUUUAGGCCUGUAUACAGGGGGUAUGCGAGCUAUGUGGCUAUUGAUAAUUAAGCUCAAAAUUUGUUAUUAACCACAUUUAAUUUUCUUUCCCACAAAUUUGGUGCUAAGGAAACACUACAACAUGGACAAGAGAUCGCUGCUAAGAGGCUUUCACAAACAUCUGGACAAGGUUUAAAAGAAUUUAAGAAUGAGGUUCUGUUAUGUGCCAAACUUCAACAUUGAGAUCUUGUUAAAGUUCUUGGAUGUUGCAUUCAAGAAGAUGAGAAAUUGCUCAGAUAUGAAUAUAUGGCGAACAGAAGCUUAGACUUCUUUCUUUUUGGUUAGUCUCAUAAUCAGCUUAGAACUGCUAAUAUUUGGAACGAUAGAAGCCGUGCUUGGAAAGCAGACGGUUACCAAGCAUUGUCUUAAAGGGGGAAAAAACACACGUGUCUUUCGUACAUAUAUAAUUUACUUUUAUCAUUUUGCCA